GGGAUCAAUUUAGUAGCUCUACGUUGGACACUCUCUAACCGCCUCUGCUCACCCAGCUUAUACGGUGACCACGCAGCUUGGCCAUACUCUAAGAUUGGGCGAAUAAUCUUAAACAAAAGCUUAAUAGAGGUCUUAUCCAAAUGUACAAAAGUACAUGAUUAGAUCUAGAUCUAUAGAGUCUACCGGUAGGUAAAAAAAAAGAAACAAUGUCAUGAAUGUGAAAUAUAUAGAUCUAGCCACGUACCGGACACUGUCUUGAUUCUGGACGCGCAUAUUACUGCAUACGAAAACAAUUUCGUACCGCAUGCAGAAGUGUUUCUACCAAUAUAAUGUAAAAACAAUUGGAUUGACAACUGAUUAGAUCUAAGUGCAUUAGUUAUUUAUUGCCGCAACUUAUUUCAUCAUAACUGAGACACAUCAUUUACACAUGUAUGAGAAAAUGAAACAUUUAUGAUUUCAUGUAAUAACAUAAGAAAAAAGAAAGUGGGGAUGUGACAUCAUCAGCCCACCUAAUGAAUAUUAAAUGAUUUUUAAAUUUAUAAGCCUCCAAACAUGCACCCCAAAACGUUGACUUGGGUUCUUAACACCAUUUUCGGUGACCAUUUUUAAAAGUCAGUUGUAUGCAUUGGUUGCUAAGGGAGGCUGUAUCUUAGCAACCAUUUGACCUUUCGGAAUUUCCCGUCAGACACUUAGGGGAGCAUUUGGUGCGAGUUUGAAGAAAAUCGGAGGGAGUCGGCUGACAAAUUGUCUGAAAAUUGGUUGAUUUGAUAUGGAUUGACUAUUAUUACACUGUGUAAACGUAUCUGUAUUAGUUGCAUUGACGCCAUCAAUGGCGACAAUGCAUUGUUGUUGUUCCGUAUUCCUAUUCCGCAAUCUUCUUCUUCUUCUUCUUCGUCUUCUGCCAAAAACCCCAUUCACUUAACACAUAGAGUUUGUUAACUCUGCCCAGGCCACGUCCCUCAUCCAAAUCCCUCCAAACUUGGUAGACAUGUUGUCCAGCACCCCUAGUUGUACACCUAUUUCAUUUUCCAAAAUCACUCAUGCAUGACCAUCCAGGCGCCAUUUUGUAAAUUCCAAGUCCAUUUGCAUACCAUUCUUAAUUUCGUCCUAACUCCCGCAUCCUGCAUGCUACAGACUUCUAACAAAUUGCAGUAGAUUUUGAAGAGUUGCCCUUUCAUAUAAAAAAUACGACUUGCCCUUCAAAAUGCCGUCUUCUUGCCCUAAAUUCGAAUCGAAGAUAGUCUACGUUCAAAAUGUUCAUAUUUAUUGAAAUGCAAAUUAGGAAAAUCGUAAAAUAGUAAUAACUUCCUUGUUUUUGUCUCACCUGCAUAGCAGAGUGAGACUAUAGGCGCCGCUUUUCCGACGGCGACGGCGGCGGCGUCAACACCAAAUCUUAACCUGAGGUUAAGUUUUUGAAAUGACAGCAUAACUUAGAAAGUAUAUGGACCUAGUUCAUAAAACUUGGCCAUAAGGUUAAUCAAGUAUUACUGAACAUCCUGCCUGAGUUUCAUGUCACAUGACCAAGGUCAAAGGUCAUUUAGGGUCAAUGAACUUAGACCAUGUUGGGGGAAUCAACAUCAAAAUCUUAACCUAAGGUUAAGUUUUUGAAAUGUCAUCAUAACUUAGAAAAUAUAUGGACCUAGUUCAUGAAACUUAUACAUAAGGUUAAUCAAGUAUCACUGAACAUCCUGCAUGAGUUUCACGUCACAUGACCAAGGUCAAAGGUCAUUUAGGGUCAAUGAACUUUGGCCGAAUUGGGGGUAUCUGUUGAAUUACCAUCAUAACUUUGAAAGUUUAUGGAUCUGAUUCAUGAAACUUGGACAUAAUAGUAAUCAAGUAUUACUGAACAUCCUGUGCAAGUUUCAGGUCACAUGAUCAAGGUCAAAGGUCAUUUAGGGUCAAUGAACUUUGGCCAAAUUGGGGUAUUUGUUGAAUUACAGCCAUAAAUUUGAAAGUGUGUUGGUCUAGUUCAUAAAACUUUGACAUAAUAGUAAUCAAGUAUCACUGAACAUCCUGUGCGAGUUUCAGGUCACAUGAUCAAGGUCAAAGGUCAUGUAAGGUCAAAGAACUUUGGCCACGUUGGGGGUAUUUGUUGAAUUGCCAUCAUAUCUCUAUAAGUGUAUUGGUCUAGUUCAUAAAACGUGGAAAUAAGAGUAACCAAGUAUCACUGAACAUCUUGUGCGAGUUAUAGUAGUUUUCAAAAUCAGCACUGCUGCUAUAUUGAAUCGCGUGAUGCAGGUGAGACGGCCAGAGGCAUUCCACUUGUUAAUUUAAUGUAGCCACAUUCGAGUUCGAGUGAACGGAAUAAAAAAAAGUGUAAGUGACUGAAAAUGUAUGUUAUGAAUGUCUAUAUAGCUGAUGAUAAACAAACAAGAUGAUUUAGAGAUUAGGAACAAUUUAUUCUCCUUUUAAAAUGAUGCCUUACAUGUAUAUAUCUCCUUUUUGUUUUACUGAUUAGAUAUGACGGAGGAAGCAAACCAAACUGUAAAAGACCCUCUUCUUGAUAUACAGGGGUUAUCUGACAGGACACUAAAUGAGGAAUUCGGGUUUUCUUUGGACAAUGUAAAGCAUUCAAGUAACGCGGUCAAUAAAUCCAUCAUUAAACGGUUUAAUCAUCACAACACACGGGUAUUAGCUGCAUCAGAAUCAAACAAGAGAAGCAUAGACGACGUCGAUGGACCAUCAACCAGCUCCCAAUCUUCCACACCAAGUCAGAACUCAAACACAAAUCAUCGAGUGGAGGGAGGAGGGGAUGGAGACGAGAGCACUGCAAAGAAAGCCAGGUUACGAGAAGCAAUAGAGAUUGAAGAUCUAGCAUCUACCUCGAAGCAAGAUGGUGUUUCCUUGAGGCUUGAAAGGACAGACAGGUAUUAUCAUGGUCCAACCGUUGUCCAGUCUACUGAUUACUUCUCUUCGGAGGAAGUGCUUGGUGCCUUGAGAGCUGUCCAGUCCGAGGUCAUGUCUUCUGUGCCUAAUCUACAUAAGUCUUUUUAUCCAUGAUGAAACAGAUGGGUCAAGAAAAUAAGAUACAAGAGUCCUUUUCUUUAGUGAAGUGGAAGUUGUUGUGGAAUCAAUCCAUUUACGUGGGUUAUACAACCAAUUCUGAGAGUUGGUCUACUUAGAUGAAAACGGUGGUGGAAGUUAGCGGAGAAACAAAGAUACAAGAGUCCUUUUCUUUAGUGAAGUAGAAGUUGUUGUUGAAUCAAUCCAUUUACUUGGGUUAUACAACCAAUUCUGAGAGUUGGUCUACUUAGAUGAAAACGGUGGUGGAAGUUAGCGGAGAAACAAAGAUACAAGAGUCCUUUUCUUUAGUGAAGUAGAAGUUGUUGUGGAAUCAAUCCAUUUACGUGGGUUAUACAACCAAUUCUGAGAGUUGGUCUACUUAGAUGAAAACGGUGGUGGAAGUUAGCGGAGAAACAAAGAUACAAGAGUCCUUUUCUUUAGUGAAGUAGAAGUUGUUGUGGAAUCAAUCCAUUUACUUGGGUUAUACAACCAAUUCUGAGAGUUGGUCUACUUAGAUGAAAACGGUGGUGGAAGUUAGCGGAGAAACAAAGAUACAAGAGUCCUUUUCUUUAGUGAAGUAGAAGUUGUUGUUGAAUCAAUCCAUUUACUUGGGUUAUACAACCAAUUCUGAGAGUUGGUCUACUUAGAUGAAAACGGUGGUGGAAGUUAGCGGAGAAACAAAGAUACAAGAGUCCUUUUCUUUAGUGAAGUAGAAGUUGUUGUGGAAUCAAUCCAUUUACGUGGGUUAUACAACCAAUUCUGAGAGUUGGUCUACUUAGAUGAAAACGGUGGUGGAAGUUAGCGGAGAAACAAAGAUACAAGAGUCCUUUUCUUUAGUGAAGUAGAAGUUGUUGUGGAAUCAAUCCAUUUACUUGGGUUAUACAACCAAUUCUGAGAGUUGGUCUACUUAGAUGAAAACGGUGGUGGAAGUUAGCGGAGAAACAAAGAUACAAGAGUCCUUUUCUUUAGUGAAGUAGAAGUUGUUGUUGAAUCAAUCCAUUUACUUGGGUUAUACAACCAAUUCUGAGAGUUGGUCUACUUAGAUGAAAACGGUGGUGGAAGUUAGCGGAGAAACAAAGAUACAAGAGUCCUUUUCUUUAGUGAAGUAGAAGUUGUUGUUGAAUCAAUCCAUUUACUUGGGUUAUACAACCAAUUCUGAGAGUUGGUCUACUUAGAUGAAAACGGUGGUGGAAGUUAGCGGAGAAACAAAGAUACAAGAGUCCUUUUCUUUAGUGAAGUAGAAGUUGUUGUUGAAUCAAUCCAUUUACUUGGGUUAUACAACCAAUUCUGAGAGUUGGUCUACUUAGGUGAAAACGAUGGUGGAAGUUAGCGGAGAAACAAAGAUACAAGAGUCCUUUUCUUUAGUGAAGUAGAAGUUGUUGUUGAAUCAAUCCAUUUACUUGGGUUAUACAACCAAUUCUGAGAGUUGGUCUACUUAGGUGAAAACGAUGGUGGAAGUUAGCGGAGAAACAAAGUUGGUCUACUUAGGUGAAAACGAUGGUGGAAGUUAGCGGAGAAACAAAGAUACAAGAGUCCUUUUCUUUAGUGAAGUAGAAGUUGUUGUUGAAUCAAUCCAUUUACUUGGGUUAUACAACCAAUUCUGAGAGUUGGUCUACUUAGAUGAAAACGAUGGUGGAAGUUAGCGGAGAAACAAAGAUACAAGAGUCCUUUUCUUUAGUGAAGUAGAAGUUGUUGUUGAAUCAAUCCAUUUACUUGGGUUAUACAACCACUUCUGAGAGAUGAAAACGAUGGUGGAAGUUAGCGGAGAAACAAAGAUACAAGAGUCCUUUUCUUUAGUGAAGUAGAAGUUGUUGUUGAAUCAAUCCAUUUACUUGGGUUAUACAACCAAUUCUGAGAGAUGAAAACGAUGGUGGAAGUUAGCGGAGAAACAAAGAUACAAGAGUCCUUUUCUUUAGUGAAGUAGAAGUUGUUGUUGAAUCAAUCCAUUUACUUGGGUUAUACAACCAAUUCUGAGAGUUGGUCUACUUAGGUGAAAACGAUGGUGGAAGUUAGCGGAGAAACAAAGUUGGUCUACUUAGGUGAAAACGGUGGUGGAAGUUAGCGGAGAAACAAAGAUACAAGAGUCCUUUUCUUUAGUGAAGUAGAAGUUGUUGUUGAAUCAAUCCAUUUACUUGGGUUAUACAACCAAUUCUGAGAGUUGGUCUACUUAGGUGAAAACGAUGGUGGAAGUUAGCGGAGAAACAAAGUUUCAGUUGGUCUACUUAGAUGAAAACGGUGGUGGAAGUUAGCGGAGAAACAAAGAUACAAGAGUCCUUUUCUUUAGUGAAGUAGAAGUUGUUGUUGAAUCAAUCCAUUUACUUGGGUUAUACAACCAAUUCUGAGAGUUGGUCUACUUAGAUGAAAACGGUGGUGGAAGUUAGCGGAGAAACAAAGAUACAAGAGUCCUUUUCUUUAGUGAAGUGGAAGCUGUUGUGGAAUCAAUCCAUUUACCGGGGUUAUUCAACCAAUACUGAGAGAUGUAAGGCCUCUGGAAACCAAACCUCUCCUGUAGUUUUAUUCGCUUCUGUGAGCCGAACAUGUCUCUGAUGGAAACGUACUUAUAGGCAACAUUCUUCAUUAAAAACUGAACAGGAGUCAUGGUUGUAGAUAUGUCAUUUGGAGACACUUUUGGAACUAAAGCUGAUGGCCUGUGCAUUCUUUGGUAAGGAAUCAUUUCCUAUCUAUUUUUGUCUGUCGGUCAGGAGCAACUCAUGGAUGGCAAAAUUGUAUAAGUUGGCUGUUAGGCCGCACAAAAUAUAUUAGUGUUUGCUUGUAACACAUUUUUUUUUUAUGUUAAAAAAAUCAGGUUUUUUUUUCUUCUCCAAAUGCAAGCACUAUAUAAUUGAUGAGCACCAGCAUUUCUCUGAUGAAUAAAUUAUUGAAAAAGAAAAGGAAAAUUCAAGAAUGAAAGAAAAUACAGUUAAAGUUAAACUGAAAAUAAGAAAGAAUAAUUGAAAUCAAUAUCCUUAACCCUAUCUGGGCCGGGAUAUUUUGGAAGUUCAUUGGGGGGGCAGACCUGCCAACCAGUACGUUUUAGCCGUAUUAAGUACGUUUUUGCAACCAAAAUACGGCAGUACGUUUUUUCUUUGAAAAAUACGUUUUUGU